UCCAUUGUCUAUCACCGCUUAGCUUUUCCCCGACUGAUCUUCAUUGGGUGGUACUUAUCGUAAAGAAAAGCGAAGCGGAUUGGUUUCUUUAGGAUUUUAUUUAACUAUGGAUUGAGUUUUGUUGGUGGGAAUUACUGCAGUAAAGAAUGGCAGUACGCAGUAAACUGAAAGCUGUUUUGGUGGAUCUAAGCGGCACACUCCACAUUGAAGAUUCUGCAGUAUCUGGGGCCCAAGAAGCACUUAGAAGAUUGCGCACUGCUCCACUUGCUAUUAAGUUUGUCACAAACACAACUAAGGAAUGCAAGAGAGUCCUGUUUGAACGUCUGAAAGUCAUGAAUUUUGAUAUAAAUGAAGAUGACAUAUUUACAUCUUUGACUGCUGCCAGAAAUCUACUAGAGCAGAAGCAAGUAAGACCUUUCCUAUUGGUAGAAGACAGUGCACUUGAGGAUUUUAAAGGAUUAAAUACAGAUGAUCCUAAUGCAGUGGUCAUAGGACUGGCACCAGAGCACUUUAAUUUUCAGACUAUGAACAAAGCAUUUAGAUUAAUUCUGGAUGGCGCACCCCUCAUAGCUAUACAUAAAGCCAGAUACUACAAGAGGAAAGAUGGUUUAGCUUUGGGCCCUGGACCAUUUGUCACUGGGCUAGAGUAUGCCACAGACACCAAGGCUAUUGUAGUGGGAAAACCGGAAAAAACUUUCUUCUUGGAAGCUUUGAGAAGCAUUGGCUGUGCACCAGAAGAAGCAAUUAUGAUUGGUGAUGAUGCAAGAGAUGAUGUUGGAGGUGCACAGAAUGCUGGAAUGUUGGGUGUGUUAGUAAAAACUGGCAAAUAUCGAUCUGGGGAUGAAGAUAAAAUUACCCCAGCACCUUUUCUUACUUGUGACAGUUUUCCAGAGGCUGUGGACUAUAUUCUGAAAAACAUGAUUUAAGUGAAUAUUUAUAAUCUGGCGUAGAUGUUAUAUGCUACAAAAUCUUUGUUGGCCUUUUGUUUCGAAGAUGAGUAAAUGAUUAAAUAAUUUAACCACCA